AUGGAUGUAGGAGAAAAGCGUAGAACAAUCGGAAUAGAUACCCAAAUUAGUUUGGACGAGGGAGGGGAUCUACCGACCCCAAGAACUAUCGAAGGAUUUAGUGACGAACAACCUUUUGAGUCCGAGAUAUACAAACUGGUAGAACAGGAGCCAAGGGAGGGAUCAAUGAUUAAUAUUUUACUAAGUGAUGACGAGGAAGAAAAUAAAUUUAAAGGGAAACGCGGCAAAAGGCAAAGAGAGGUGUACACACCGGAGGAGGAAAAGAAAAGGAGGAAGGAGGAAGAAACAGUGGAACAAAAAAGAAUAAACAGACUAUUGGGAAAAAUAACAGAGGGAAUAGCUGAAUUGAAAGCAUUAGUUAGGCAGAACGUAAAUACUAAGAGGGAGAUUAAAGACAAGGCCGAAGAUCUUGACACACUGGCAAGAUGGUUAUCGCAGGACAUCAGUAUAAGAAGAAACUCUCUUAGAAGGUCGCCUGUUUGUGUGGAAAAAACGAAGGGAGAUAGAGGGGAAACCCCUACAAGGAAGUUAAAUGAAAAGGAAAAGGAGGCUAUAAUUAUGCAGGAUAGUGAGGAGAGUACGAACCUGCAGGAGAAGGUGGGAUCGGCUGGUAAACGGAAAAAGUCGGAAAUGGAUUCCCCUCCGGAAAGCGGAGACCGGGCAAAAAGGGAAAAGUCGGAUGAGGAGAUGAUGAUCAAGUCCAUGCUGAGAGUAAUGAAGACCGCGAAAAGGCUAAAAGAAAUGAUCGCCAAAACAACAAACACGAGAGGGGACAUUAGACAGGCAAGUAAAGAUCUGGACUACCACGUGGACAAACUAAGCGUUGAUCUGGAAGGCUGGCAGACAAAUAAAAGAGUGUCGCCUAGGAAACCGGUUGAGAGGAAAGAGAUAGGAACGCAGACAGAGGAGGAGUACAAGGACACAAGGGAAAUCGGGAUACAGGCAUGUACUGAAAUGUUCCGGUCGGUGCGGAUGGUCAGAGAGUGGGCCUCCCCCGACCGUCAUCAUGCGACCACUCGGAGUCUUCAAUGGAGAGGCAGGUUGAAGACUCGACCACUGCUACUGCUAAGAAACAUGUUGGUGCUGGAACAUCUGAAAACAAAAGCAAAGAACGAUUAGAACAACGGUUGAUCACGGGAGCAUUUAGACGAAGUCUUUCACUGGAAGGAGCACAAAGGAAAAGGAAAGGAUGCGACGAACACAUGGGAGCCUAUAAAAAGACAAUGUCUACGGAAGCGUAUACCUUACUGGAAGCAAUCGAUUCAACACUAAGACAGGUCACUAAACUAAGGAAACUCGUUGAUGAUCACCCUAAUACAUUGAGAGAGAUGAAAGAACAAAUCCAGGCUCUAUCAAGGAAUACAGAAGUUUUCAAAAGGGUGUCUAUAAAGGAAUGGCUGGAAAAAAACAAAUAUGAACCUAUAGAAAAA